AUGAGCUCUCCAACUCAUUUCCAAGUGGCCUAUGUAGUCUCUCAAGAUUUAAUCAAGUACUCGUCGCGACUCCCCUCCAAUCCUGGUAGAUCUAUCUUGGUUCACUCUCUUGCCAACGCCUUCGGCCUCUUGUCGCAUGAAUUCUCUUCGCUUCGGCAGUUGCAGCUUGUCAAGCCAAAACCAGCGACGAUCAACGACCUUGGUGCAUAUCAUGCUCGGAACUAUCUAGACGCUCUUCUACGUACUCCAGAUGGAACUGACUCAGAAGAUAUGAGUGAAUUUGGGCUAGAGGAUGAUUGUCCACGAUUCCCUGGUCUCUCUGAAUAUAUCUGUCUGGUGGCGGGAGCAACUAUAACAGCAGCGAACGCGUUGCGAUUUGGGUAUGCGGACAUCGCAAUCAAUUGGGAUGGUGGAAGACAUCAUGCACAGAAAUCACGCGCAUCUGGAUUUUGUUAUGUGGCAGAUUGUGUGUUGGCUAUCCUUUUGCUCAAAAAGACCCAACCGGCUCCAGCAUUGUCCCUAUCGUCAGACACGACCAUCCCGAAUGCUACCCCAAGCCACAGAAAGCCUCGGGUAAUGUAUCUAGAUCUGGAUGUGCAUUUUUCAGAUGGUGUGUCGCAAGCAUUCUACUCACCGGGUAGAUCUUCUUCGACGCAGGUUCUGACUGUAAGCAUCCACCAUGCUGCUCCAGGAUUUUUUCCUUCCUCUCCUCUUGCCCAACUGCCAUUUGACCCAUCUACAUCCUUCGACCCGUUUACUCUUUCCCUUCCCCUCCUCGAAGGUGCUUCCAAUUCAACAUUCGCUGCCAUCUGGCCCCUAAUCGAGCGCAUCAAAGAUGUCUUCAAACCCGACUAUGUUGUAGUUCAAUGUGGUGUUGACGGACUUGCUGGCGACCCAAAAUGCAAAGUGUUCAAUUGGAGCUUGGAUGUUGCGGCUGAAGGCUCGCUAGGGUGGUGUGUUUCUCGCAUCGUCGACGAUUGGAAGGGUAUUCGAAAGUUGUUUUUGGGAGGAGGCGGGUAUCAUGCACCUAAUGCAGCCAGAACGUGGGCUUACCUCACUUCUAUCAUCCUUGGAAAUCCUCUCGACAUAUCGAUCAGUAUACCAGACGAUCCUUCCCAUUCUGCGUUUCCCCUCUACGCGCCUUCGUUCACGCUCGACGUACCGGCCGGGAACAUGCUUGACACGAACUCGAAAGAAUAUCUCGCUGAGGCUCGCAAGAGUUUCGAGAGGGCAUCGGAAAUGCUACAAGAAAUAAUGCAAGCCCAACAAUCUCAGCCUCAGGAGUCACAGUCUGUUUCAUGCGAUUAA